CCUGUGUCCCCUGCAUUGGCAGGUGGAUUCUUAACCAGGGAAGCCUGCUUUGUUUUUAUGUAAGAAAGUUGUUUGGUAACUAAAAUGCUCAGGCUAUUCGAUUAGGAAAAUGGCUGAAUAAGCCCAGUGGAGGUUCCCUGAGUCCUCCUCUUUAUUAUGAUCGAAAGAUCAUGUAAACUUAAUUUAAAAAAAGGAAAAUCCCCAUGAUGAAAAACAGUUCUGUUGUUUUUGAAACAAGUUUGAAAAAGUGAUUAAACUGAAUGUAGCAGCGUCUCUUCUCUGAUGACCACAGAGCGCUAACAAGGGAUUUUUACAUUUUAACUGGAUAUUGCUCUCCUAGGAGUGGACCGCGUGUUGUCUUUUAAGUGCUUUUCAGAAGCCAAGUAUAGACCAAAUUGGGAUCCCAAAUUGGGAUCCGCCCCAAAACAUCAGAGGCCGAGGUGUGUGAAACCGGGGAAGGCUGGUGUCGGCCUCCAGCGGUCCCAGUAGCUUUUAAGUCCCCACAGGGAUGAGGCUCUUCCUGAAGGAUCUGUGUUUGUUCAAAACACAAUCAGAAAGGGCUUGCCGCCACGACAGGCUGCAUCAUCUGACACGAGUCGCUCUUCCUGGAACCCUGUCUGGGAAGGUCCUGGAACCCUGCCUGGGAAGGGUGUCUGGUCGGGAGUGGAGGCCCGGGGCGAGGCCACCCGUUUCCCCGCCGCGCGGGACCUGUGCGUCCGUCCUCGCUCGCUCGCUCGCAGCUCCCGGCUGCAUGGCCCACGUGUUCGUGUACGGGACCCUGAAGACGGGCCAGCCCAACCACCGGGUCCUGCUGGAGAGCGCCCACGGUCGCGCGGCCUUCCGGGGCUGGGGUCGCACGGUCGAACCGUACCCGCUGGUGAUCGCGGGGCAGCGCAACAUCCCACGGCUGCUGAACCUGCCGGGCCAGGGGCGCCGAGUGGCUGGGGAGGUCUACGCCGUGGACGAGCAGAUGCUGCGCUUUCUGGACGAGUUCGAAGGCUGCCCGGACAUGUACCAGCGCACCCGGGUGACAGUCGCUGUUGAGGGGGCGGGCGGGACCCUACAGUGCUUCGUGUACAGCACGGCCACCUACCCGCCCGAGUGGGUCCACCUCCCGUACCACGACGAUUACGACUCACAGGGGGAGCACGGGCUUCGCUACAGUCCACGGGAAAGCAGAUGAGAAGUGCGAGGGGAGCGGCCGCCCGAGGACCGAGAGCCUGGUGGUUGGAAGAUGGCCUCACUGGUCCGCACUCACUGAAUGCAAAAGCCCGAGAACACCCUUUGAAACAAACAUUUAUAAAUCUCUAUGGGGGGUGGGGGGGGGCAGCCGAUUUCCCAAAUAAUUUUGACAUGGCUAAAUAACAAGACUGUUUCCUGAAAUCUGUCUUGCUGAUGCUGCUUUAUUGCUUGCUGCUUAAAGAGCAUCAUGGGCUUGAACGUACUGGAUGAGAAAAACUCAGGAUUUUAAUUCCCCUAAAUGACAUUUUGAAAACUCAUGUUAUGCUUUUCUUAUUAUGUUGGUUUUUGUUUUUGUUUUUUCCUUUGCUUUGCUUUAGUUUGAAGAUAACAUUUAAAAUGAAUAUAAAGACUUUGUGUGGCAGCUAGAUUUUAACAGCCCUGCUCUAUCAGUUCUGUCUGACCUGUAGCACUGAGAAAUUUUUUUAAAGUUGAUUUUAGACGUCUCAGUGUAAUAAAAGAACCUCAAGAAAAACACGCUGUAUUUUAGAGUACUUCUGAAUAUAUGUAACAUCAUUCUUCAUAAUUUUCAGAUCAGGCUUAUUACAGAGAUUAUUAAAGAUCAUUUAAGGUUAAACGAGAUGUUUUGGGAAAUCAAAUAUAAAAGUAUCGGUGCUAUUGUU